AUGCACUCCAAGAUCGUUGCCCUGUUCAGCCUGUGUGCCGCUGCCUCCAUCCUGCAGGCGGCUGACGCUGGCGCUUCUCCUGUGGGCGUCUCGCCGCGCCGCCACCUCGGCUCCAGGGAGGACUACGGACACCACCCGCGCCACCACGACCAUGACCAUGACCACGACCACGACCACGGGAAGAAUCACCGCCACCACGAUGACAAGCACCCGUCGCACUACUAUUACCGUCGCCGUCUCGAAGACGCCAAGGCCACCGAGUCCAAGGACUACAAGGACGACCAUGGCAAGGACGACUACGACUACGGCAAGGACCGCAAGGAUCGCAAGGACGGCUACGAGCACAAGCGGUACGGCGGUCACGACGACUAUGACGAUGACAAGGGAUACGGCUACAAGAGCUACGGCGGAGACUGCGAUGAGGCCUACUACGGCAAGGACUACUACGGCAAGGACGACUAG